UGUACAUGGUCUUAUAUCCGCUUUAGCAGCUUUCAAGCAUCAGGGGGCCAGGCGUUGCGAUUUGUUAUUCUUUUGCUAUACUAUUAUUCGAUUUAUGAAAAUUUUAUUUCAACUACUUUCACUGCAAAGAGAUGAAUGAAUGCCUAGCAUUUUCGCUGUAUUUUGUGUAGGACUGGGGGUUUGUAUGUCCAACAUAAUCGCCGAUGAAAGAUCUUUCUGUAAGGUAUACAUGGGCUAUUACGAGACUCAUGUUGCGAUAGCUGGGUACAAAUCCGUCUCCGAAGACCAAGAUGACAUGAAAAGCAUCACGCGGUCGAAAACACGUGUAAUUUGUUUGAACAAUGUGAAAUUAUCUAGAGACCCGCUCUACGUAUCUCUGCUUUGUGCCUUUUUUUCUGUCUGUGUUCUGUAACUUCUAUACCUAUGCAUCCAUCUCUCGCAAGAUAUGCAUUUCAGUACCUCGUACUCCGGCAGGGUAUGCUAACAAAAGGGAAA